AUGGCCUCUAAGAAGAUUCAAACCAUUCUUGCGGCGAAAGGGAAGUGUGAGCGCCUCAUUCUCAAGCGGAGAUUCUGCUGGGGUCGUCACCCGGAGCAAGGCCAAGGCGAUAUCCACAACUCCACCGGUCACUUCCAUAUCGACUCAAGCCAAGGCAAAAGACGUGAACCAGUUAUCAAUCUGGCCUCCUUGGGGGCAAAGAAGAAUACCGCCCGAGCAGAGGAGAGAAACUCUCGGAUUUUCUUUAUACAUUUUGGAGAUUGA